CUGUGAAAGCAAUAAUUUCUCCUUCUCUCUGGUGGCAUUCUUGCAGCCAUUGAGAAAUACUGUGAGAGCUGUGAUUGGUCACAGCUUGUCACAUGGUACAAGGCUGUUGUGAAUGGACUUGUACCAUAUUUCACUAGUAGUAAGCAAUGAUGUCAGCAAGUGACAACUUGCUUACUACUAUUCAUGUGAUCACUGAUUGGCCAAUCAGUGAUCACAUGAUCAGGACCUCACACAGAGGUCCCGUACAGCGAUGGGUGCUGCGUGCUCUCAGGGAGCACAUACAGGCAGGGAAUGCGGGAGGAUGUUUAUAAGCAUCCAGACGCUCCUACACUGCUCCCGUCCAGCCAUUUAUGUACAUGGGCCGGGCGGGAAGUGGUUAA